GAAAUACACAAAGCGAUGAAGUGUGUUGUUUACGCCUACGCUAGGUUCAAGAUGGCUGCUGGAGACAACAGCGGCAGGCCUCCUUGCCUUAAUUUCUCCGGCCCGGGUCCUUUGGGAAACAGCCAGCCCAGUAACAGCGUUUUCUCCAUGCCAGCAUCCAACGGCGGAGCGGCCGGUGCGGCCGGGGGAGCACAGGGAGCAGCGAGGCGGCCCAACCCGCAGCUGGGGCCUGGCGGGGGAGACAGCAACGGUGUUUCGACCGGAGCUCCGCCGACUGCGCAGAACUCCCUGCAGCAGUCCGCUGCGGCAGGUGCUGCGGCAGCCGGAGCCAUGGCCAACCCGGCGUCCAACAUGGCAACCACCGCAGCGUCAAACGCGUCUUCCGCGGCAGCACCGAGCGCCACUCCGGCAGCUGCGUCUGUGCUGGUGUAUCGAGAGCCAGUGUACAACUGGCAGGCGACGAAGAGCACCGUCAAGGAGAGAUUUGCUUUCCUCUUCAACAACGAAGUGCUCAGUGACGUUCAUUUUUUAGUGGGCAAAGGAAUGGGGGUUCAGAGGAUACCUGCGCACAGGUUUGUUCUGGCUGUGGGGAGCGCAGUGUUUGAUGCCAUGUUCAACGGCGGGAUGGCGACGACCUCAACGGAAAUCGAGCUUCCUGAUGUGGAGCCAGCUGCUUUUCUGGCCCUGCUAAAGUUUCUCUACUCUGAUGAAGUGCAGAUCGGGCCUGAGACUGUGAUGACUACGCUAUACACCGCUAAAAAGUAUGCAGUGCCAGCCCUGGAGGCGCACUGUGUGGAGUUCCUCAAGAAGAACCUGAGAGCAGACAAUGCUUUCAUGCUGCUCACACAGGCACGGUUGUUUGAUGAGCCUCAGCUUGCCAGCCUCUGUCUAGAAAAUAUUGAUAAGAACACAGGAGAUGCUCUCGCCGCUGAAGGCUUUACAGACAUAGAUUUAGAUACAUUGGUGGCAGUGCUGGAGAGGGAUACUCUCGGGGUGAGAGAGGUGCGUUUGUUUGGUGCUGCAGUGCGUUGGGCAGAGGCGGAGGCUCACAGGCAGCAGCUGCAGCCAACGCCCGAGAACAAGCGUAAAGUCCUGGGCAAAGCUCUCACACUCAUCCGCUUCCCUCUCAUGACCAUUGAGGAGUUUGCUGCAGGUCCAGCCCAGUCCAGUAUUCUGACAGACCGAGAGGUGGUGAGUCUCUUCCUUCACUUCACAGUGAACCCAAAGCCUCGUGUAGAUUUCAUUGAUCGGCCGCGCUGCUGCCUCCGCGGGAAGGAGUGCAGCAUUACACGUUUUGGACAGGUGGAGAGCCGCUGGGGUUACAGUGGGACAAGCGACCGCAUACGGUGAGUGAGGAGAAGAGCAUUUA